AUGUUUCUCUUGGUGUUGGCGCCUCCCACCUUUAACCUCCGUCUAGCCCCACCCCACCGUCCAACGCUUUCCAGCGUCACCCAGAUGAUGGAGCCCCUCAUCUUCGGCAAUCUCACCUCGCCUAACCUUGCCAGCAACAUUAGGUCCGGUGACCUUAGGGUCACUGCUUCUAUUGCUCAAAUUUACAAGCCCUGUGUCUUAUUAAGGUAUGUUUUUCUUGAUUCUAACUUCUCAAUGUUUUCGUUCUUCUAUAAGAGUCUCAUGGCUCCUUUACUUUCCAUCUUCAUGCUGUUAGUGUUUGUACUCCACGUUGCCUCUGAAUCCACGAGAGAAGUAGUAGAACAAAUCGAUGGAGAAGAAUUCACUGAGGACUUGCUUUUCAGGCCACUUCCUGAUCAGAAAGCUCUUUCUGAUUUUCACUUCGAGACUAUCCCUUCAGGUCCUUCAUUUAGAGAUUUUGUUGUCUGGAAAGGGGAGACUGCAACUCCUACUCCUGCUCCAGCUUGGUCAACUGAUUCAGGAAAGAUUGCAAGGCAUACUUCCUUAAGAAGCCCAUGUCAUCAUCUGUUCAAACUAAAAAUGGUUCUUCAUGGUCAUCACCUGUCCAGAUUAUGUCACAUAGUGGGAGCACUCUUAUGUAUUAUGUCAAAAGCACCUAUUCAGAAAUUUGCUGAUUAUGUAGGUAGUUGA